AUGCUGAUCUUUUGCCCCAACUGCAGCAAUGCGCUCACCAUUUCCAAGGCAGAUGCUAGCACGAGAUAUCCUAUGGGGGUCAACCGCUUUGAAUGCCGCACCUGUCCCUACGAAGCGCCGCUCGACAGAGAAUGGUUCGAGAGCACCAACCUGAAACAAAAGGAAGUGGAUGAUAUCUUUGGUGGUGCAGAGGAAUUCGCAAAUGCCGAUAGCGUUGCCACUCAAUGCCCCGCAGAAGCCUGCAAUGGGGAACGUGCAUACUUCUUCCAGCUGCAGAUUCGUAGUGCAGAUGAACCCAUGACCACAUUCCUGAAGUGCACUUCGUGUGGUGCUCGAUGGAGAGAGAAUUAG